UGUGUUUAUUCGCCUUUAUUUUUGAGAGCAGUCGGAAAAUGUCAUUACCAUCAAAUAUGAGAUUCCUUUAUGUCGUCAAUUUAAUUUUGAUGACUACAUCGGAAAUCCGAACCAAUAAUGAAAUGAUAACGACGGCAACUCAAAAAGAUCACAUCUGUGAAAGGCUACAACAUAAUAAUGGCACACAAUUCCAAAUAAUGGCAAUUGGAACAACAUCCAAGACAAUAUUGGUGAUAGCAAAUCAAUCAAUUCCUUGGAUGAGGCCCAUGAUAAAUUACAUCCACCAACCAAAUUACUAUCCUCUUCCUUUUAAUAAUAAAAACGUUAUCAAUAACAACUAA